AAUUCUCUCAUCUUCUCUCACACCCAAUUUCCAAUUACCAAUUCAAUCUCCAGUUUCAACGUCCCUAACACACAGAUCCCAAUCCCUUUCCUCACUUCAAGCCCUAACCCUAGCCGUUCCCAUGGCCACAGAAGAGCCCACUGUCGCUGUUGAACCCGCACCCGAGCCUGCCACCACCGAGCCUCCUCUGGAGGAGAAGGAGGAGCCCAAACCUGAAGCCAAGGCUAAGAAAACCAAGGAACCCAAACCUAAGAAGGUUUCCAGACCCCGCAAUCCUCCCACUCAUCCUUCCUACGAAGAGAUGAUCAAAGAUGCAAUCACCUCACUGAAGGAGAAAACCGGUUCCAGCCAAUACGCGAUUGCCAAGUUCAUUGAGGAGAAGCACAAACAGCUUCCACCGAACUUCAAGAAGCUUCUUCUCUUCCACUUGAAGAAGCAAGUUGCUGCUGGGAAACUCGUCAAAGUCAAAGGCUCCUUCAAGCUUCCGCCGGCCAAGCCUUCUGCUUCUUCUCCUGCGAAGAAGAAGAAGCCUGCAGCUGCCAAGCCAAAGCCAAAGCCAAAGCCCAAGCCCAAGCCCGCUGCUAAGCCCAAGCCUGCCGCUAAGACAGCUAAAGCCAAAGCCCCAGCCAAGGCCAAGCCAGCUGCCAAGCCCAAAGCCAAGGCUCCUGCCAAGCCAAAGCCCGCUGCCAAGGCCAAGCCAGCUGCAAAGCCCAAGCCUGCCGCUGCUAAGCCCAAGACCACCGCCAAGCCUGCUGCCAAACCCAAGCCUGCCGCUGCCAAGCCCAAAGCCGCCGCCAAACCUGCUGCCAAGCCCAAGGCCAAGCCCGUUAAGGCUGCAAGGACGUCGACGAGGACUUCACCGGGGAAGAAAGCCCCAGCUGCCAAGCCCGCACCAAAGAAGGUAGCAGCGGCGAAGAAAGCUCCAGUGAAGAGUGUGAAACCCAAGAGUGUAAAGUCUCCGGCGAAAAAGGCAUCGACUAAGAGAGGGGGUAGGAAGUGAGAGAGUGGUCGCUAGUGUUGUUUUAGGGUUAGUGUUGUGAAGUUCAUUGUCCUUUUGGUGUAGUUGGGGUUACAGAUGUUCUUAUAACAUAUGAAAUCGGAUUUUAUGAAAUCUUUGUUGUUUAUUUUAGUUUGAUUUUUUUUUUUCUGGUUCGAUCUAGGGAGUAGAUAAAAAAAAAAAGCUUAUAGCUCGUGCUUUAAAGCUAAAUGAGUUAAUCAUAAAUGUAUCUUAGAGUUUGAGGUUUCUCAGCGUUAUAGUAUCUUCAAUCCAUGGAUGUAGUAUAAGCGCCUUUUGUCACAUCAAAUGGAUUUGUAGUAUAUGCUUUGUGUAUGAAGCUUUGCCUUGAGUGCUGAGGUGUUUUUCA